AGCACUGAAUACUCAGUACUCGGUACCUACUCAAUACUCAAUACUUGGUACUUGGUACUUGAUACUCGAUGCUCAGUACCUACUCAAUACUCAAUACUUGGUACUUGGUACUUGAUACUCAAUGCUGAAUAUCUUGUACCGAGUAUUGAGUACCAAGCACCAAGCACUGAAUACUUGGCACUCAGUACCUACCUGAUACUCAACACUCAGUACUCAGUAAUUGGUACCUACUCAAUACUCAAUACUCAAUACUCUGUACUCAGCACUGAGCACUGA